AAACCUGCAAACCCCCACAAAACCCUCCAAAGACAAAGCUAUCCAACACACUCCCCACUCCGAGUACUGUACAUCGCAGGAACAGCAGACAUGACGGGGGGAAUAAUGACUUACUGGGGAAAACACCGCUGUGGUACCAUACCCGGACCAUCCACCCAAGUCCUCGCCUGAACCGACUUCACCAUAUGGCAUGUCCUGCCAAUUCUGGAACCCGCGCCAACCCUUCCUCCCUUCCCACCCUACUCAAAGGCGUCCCAAAAGCGCUCUCCUCUCGACCAAGAAUCCGGUGCUGCGGCUCAAUGUGAUGACCUACACCGGCCUCACUCUCUACAGCUCUGCGAAAACCGCUCGAGAGCUUCUACUGCUGUAUAUUUCCGGGAUUGCGUCGUGCCUGUCCUCGUCGCACGGGUUUGUCCUGGGUAUAGAGGGUUCUGGUGAUCACUACGCGAAAUAUGGCUUGGAUCGCCAUGACGGGUACGGCGACCACAUUUUUGGGGUUGCGGAUUUGGGAGUAGUAAACGGGGUUCUCGGCCCGUCGGUCUCUGGAAUCCUGAUGGGAUGGACUGCAGUGCCUGAGGGGUGCCCAGGAUGGGCGAGCAUGUAAUCGUCCAUCCGGGCAACCGCUCAGGACGGAUGGGUGGGCUUUGUAGAUGUCGCAAAUUGCCGAGUAUACCCGUCCCAUAUUGGUGACGAGCAAAGAGCACAGAUAGCUAGAGGACUGCGUGUGGGUGCUGUCACCCCCCCUAGACGGCAGUUUUUCCAAAGGACGGACGUGCUUGCACUUCGGCUUGGGACCCAUCCACAGGGCUCCCCGAUCGGAGCCCUCUCGGCGUCUACAUGGGGCCCGGGACGCUCGCGAUCAUUGGCUGGGAGUCCAGGAAGAGUAUAAUAUGAUAUCAUCAUACUGGGAUUUUUUUCCGACCUGAAGGGUAGCCGGAAGUUGGGAUUGGGAUUGGGAUUCGGGUUCGGAGGGAUUGCUAAUUUUUUGCCGUUGGCUUUGGGGG